ACUUUCCCUAUCCCCAGAUUUUCAGGCCUUGUGCCUAUAUUAGAAAGGAUUUUCCAUUGUUCUUCAGGUGGGGAGUAGUCAAAAUCCUUAGUCCAUCAGAUAAAAUGCUUCGCAGCAUUUUGUCUCUCCCUUUGCACACCUCAUUGAGGUCUGCUUUGUCUUUCACUGUUUUGGGGUUCUUAAAAUGAAGCGCUACCAGAGAUUAGGCCAAAAAUUUGAAACACAUAAAAGAAAUGUAGUAAAACGUCUACUUUUUAUAGAAAUAUUCUCUAUAUUCUAUAUUUGUUCUCUUUUUAUUUCAGAAUGUAGAUGAUGUUGCCAUAAAAGAAUUAUUUGCCUGAGAUCCAUCAAUAUUUAUUAACUUGUUAGGACAGAAAAACUCUAUGGAAAACAUUACCAUAAAAAAAUAGAGAUUAAUAGCUGAAUUUCCUGUCUUUUCUGUUUGGAAUGUGUAGAAGAUGAAUUUAUAUUCUAAUUAAAAUUGGAUUACAAAGGAGUUCGCUGCAUCUUCAAAUAUUAAUCAAGAUCACAGUUGAUGGAAAUAUAGCAGAACAAAAAGAAAAACAUCUAUAUUGUGGAAAGAGAUAAAGAUUGAUGGAAAACGAAAUGUGUGAAAACAAAGCCCAAUAUAAUACACAGAGGCAAAGGAUGAAUUUCCCCAAUGAUAUUAAGAUGGAAAAGAGGAAAAUAUCAUAUCGGUGUGAUAUUUGUAACAAGUCAUUCUAUUAUAAAUGUAACUUUACAACUCACAGACGUAUUCAUACAGGAGAGAUGCCAUAUGACUGUGAUGUGUGUGGGGAAUCCUUCUUUCAAAGAAGUGAGUUAACUGCACACAAACAUAUUCAUACAGGAGAGAAGCCACAUCACUGUGAUCUCUGUGGCAAAUCGUUCUUUCGAAAUAGUGAGUUAACUAAACACAGACGUAUUCACACGGGAGAGAAGCCAUAUCACUGUGAUGUCUGUGGUAAAUCAUUCUCUUGGGUAAGUAGCUUAACUAACCAUAAACGUACUCAUACAGGAGAAAAGCCAUAUGACUGUGAUAUCUGUGGUAAAUCCUUCUUUCUAAGUAGUAACUUAACUUACCAUAAACAUAUUCAUACAGGAGAGAAGCCAUAUGACUGUCGUAUCUGUGGUAGAUCAUUCUUUCAAAGUAGUGAAUUAACUGUACACAGACGUAGUCAUACAGGAGAGAAGCCAUAUCACUGUGAUAUCUGUGGUAAAUCAUUCUCUCAAAGUAGUAGCUUAACUUACCAUAAAUAUAUUCAUACAGGAGAGAAGCCAUAUGAUUGUGAUGUCUGUGGUAAAUCAUACUCUAUAAGUGGUCACUUGACUGCACAUAAACGUAUUCAUACAGGAGAGAAGCCAUAUGACUGUGAUAUCUGUGGUAAAUCAUUCUCUGUAAGUAGUCACUUGACUAUACAUAAACGUAUUCAUACAGGAGAGAAGCCAUAUCACUGUGAUGUCUGUGGUAAAUCAUUCUCUGUAAGUAGUCACUUAACUGACCAUAAACGUACUCAUACAGGAGAAAAGCCAUAUGACUGUGAUAUCUGUGGUAAAUCAUUCUCUGGAAGCAGUGCUUUGACUAAACACAGACGCAUUCAUACAGGAGAGAAACCAUACCAUUGUGAUAUCUGCGGUAAAUCAUUCUCUCAAAGUGGUAACUUAACUUGCCAUAAACGUAUUCAUACAGGAGAGAAGCCAUAUGACUGUCGUAUCUGUGGUAAAUCAUUCUUUCAAAGUAGUGAAUUAACUGUACACAGACGUAUUCAUACAGGAGAGAAGCCAUAUCACUGUGAUAUCUGUGGUAAAUCAUACUCUGUAAGUAGUAACUUAACUUACCAUAAACAGAUUCAUACAAGAGAGAAGCCAUAUGGCUGUCGCAUCUGUGGUAAAUCGUUCUUUCGAAGUCGUAAUUUAACUAUACACAGACGUAUUCAUACAGGAGAGAAGCCAUAUCACUGUGAUAUCUGUGGUAAAUCAUUCUCGCAAAGUGGUAGCUUAACUUACCAUAAACGUAUUCAUACAGGAGAGAAGCCAUAUGACUGUGAUAUCUGUGAUAAAUCAUUCUUUCGAAGUAGUGACUUAACUAUACACAGACGUGUUCAUACUGGAGAAAAGCCAUAUGAAUGUGAUAUCUGUGGUAAAUCCUUCUUUCUAAGUAGUAACUUAACUUACCAUAAAUAUAUUCAUACAGGAGAGAAGCCAUAUGACUGUCGUAUCUGUGGUAAAUCAUACUCUGGAAGUAGUAACUUAACUUACCAUAAACGUACUCAUACUGGAGAGAAGCCAUAUGACUGUGAUAUCUGUGGUAAAUCAUUCCCUGUAAGUAGUCACUUGACUAGACAUAAACGUAUUCAUACAGGAGAGAAGACAUGACUGUGAUAUGUAGUAAAUCAUUUUCAUUAUAAGUAGUGAGUUAACUGUACACAGAUGUCUUCAUACAGGAGAGAAGCCGCAUCACUGUGAUAUCUGUCGUAAGUCAUUCUCUGAAAGUAGUCAAUUGACGAAGCACAGACGUGUUCAUAUAGGAGAGAAACCACAUCAAUGUGAUGUGUGUGGUAAAUCAUUUGCUGAGAGACAUAUCAGUGUUCAUAAGGACGUGUGAUCCUGUAUCGUAAUUCAGCUUGUAUGCCAAUAAAAUCUAAUAACUGGUUCAACUGAACGUUUGUUGAUCCAAUUACUUUUUUUUUUC